AUGGACAUUGACUUGUCCCAAGUUGAACAUUGGAUCUAUGGUGCAGAAGGAAAUGAAACAAUAGUCUUGAGAUACAUUGGUGACAAUCCACGUUUUAAUGGAUACGUCUUGCGCCUGAAGAAGCAAAGUCCUUUACCAAAGGAUCAAGGUCCAUCGCCCCAAUUUUCACUGGACUUUUCCAAUCAAGUCAUUACGCCAUUGAUAGGGCCCGAAUACAUGGUGCCAUUGUGCAUUGUAGGCGUGUCAAAGGACUUCCUUCAAGCCAUCUCGAGCAAGAUUGAAAUGCAUAGACCUGAACGUCGAAGAUCGCGCCAACUUGACUAUACUCAACGAUGGGGGUUCCUCGCGCCUGAUCUUACCUAUCAAUAUCCAUGGGCAGUCGAGCUCAAGCCUAAAUGGGGUUUCAAGCCUGCAUCAUGCAAGAUUCAUCCCAAGCAUCGACACAUCAAGAAACGCACUUGUCGCUUUUGCAUGCAUAGUUGUCUCAAGCAUGGUCGCACCGAUCUUGAGUAUUGUCCAAUGGAUCUUUAUUCACGCAAUCCUAUACGUGUUCAGCGAGCAUUGAAAGCAUUACGUCGCGAGAAACAUCUUCACAAGAACUAUCAGGCCCAUGGAGAAUAUCAGCAUGAGCUAGAAGACGACAGCGUUACACCUUGGGUGGAUGAACUUUUACAAUUGGUCUUGUGUCAUGAUCCCAUACUGACACGGUUGCAUCAAUUACAACGACGACUGGAUCAUAUGGACAUUGAGCAUAUAUGGAAUGUCUACACAUCCGUGUAUGAUGGUCAACCGUUGCCAGGUGUUUUUGAUAUCGAUACAUGGAAACGAGUGGUGGAGCGCUUCAAAGCACGAUCAUCAUCAUCAUCAUCACAUGAUACCGAGUAUGAGGGCGACUACCAGCAGCAUCUAUAUGAAUUCGUAUUGUCAAUGAUAUUCAAGGACUGCUCAAUAUUUAUAUCCAUUGCCGAGGUUCAGGACACCAAUGCCAGGAAUACGCAUCCACUACUACGACGUCCUCAAUUCAUUCGUUUGAGCAAUGGGAAUACGUAUCAGUACAACAUCAACCUUGUGGACGUGGAUCUGAAGAUGAUGGCCAAAAUUCCCUAUUGGUACGAGUUGGAUCAGCGUAUCGUGUCCCACACCAUCAGCAUGGAUUACGUCAAGCAUUGCGAAGAAGUCGUAUGGGAGAGUGAAGAUGAACGAUGA